AUCACUUACCAGUCCCCACCAUACUUGACCAUGAAAGUCGAAGGAAAACCAGAAACCACUCCGGAGAAACAAAAGCAAUCUCAUCCCACACGAGAGAGAGAGAUUCGGUCGUCCCCUUCAUCUCUACCCGUUCCCUUGAUUGUCCCUUAGUCUGGUUUCCUUCUACUCUUUGAUUCUUGGGGGAACAUAUCCGCCUGGUUGUAGUCGGAUCUAUUUCAGUCAACCAGUUGGUCAUUCUAGGAUUUUAGAUUACUUUUUCCAGCGGUAUCGUGGCAGUAACCAUGGAUUUGAUGGAUGGGGAUGAGGAGGAGUUUGGAUUCUCUCGGAACUAUUUUCUUGCAAAGGAAUUGGGUGGAUCUGCGAAGAAAUCCACCCGCAGAAUUUCCGAUAUAAAAGUCGUUGACGAACAGGACCUGAGGGCAGCAGCGUCAAAGCUAUCAACUAAACAUGAGAAGCAGAUGACAUCUUUACUCAACAGCUAUAAGAGUUUAUAUUCAAAAUGGGCUUUUGAGCUUAGAUGUGGCUUUAGCCUCCUAAUGUAUGGGUAUGGUUCUAAGAGGACAUUGAUUGAAGAUUUUGCUUCAACAGCAUUGACUGACAAUGGUGUUGUUGUUAUCAAUGGAUAUCUUCAGUCUAUCAACAUCAAACAGGCUGUGGUUGCGAUAGCAGAAACUCUAAGGGAUCAACUGAAAACCAGAAGAAGCUCUCUUACAGGGAACUUGUCCAAGUUCUUCCAACCAUUUAGUUCACUAUCCAUGGAUGAUCUUCUUGCCUUUCUGGAAGGUUCAAAGAAAAAGGAUGAUGACUGCUUUGUUUGCGUUGUCAUCCACAAUAUUGAUGGACCUGCAUUACGAGAUUGUGAGUCACAACAGUCCCUUGCACGUAUGGCAUCUUGUUCCCACAUCCGUAUGGUUGCAUCAAUCGACAAUGUGAAUGCACCCUUGUUGUGGGACAAGAAGAUGGUUCACACACAGUUUAGUUGGUGCUGGUAUCAUGUCCCAACUUUUGCACCUUAUAAGGUUGAGGGAGUCUUUUUUCCUUUGGUUCUCAUCAAUGAUGGAAAGACACAAAGCGCCAAAACUGCUGCAAUAGUUCUACAAAGUCUUACACCAAAUGCACAAAGUGUCUUCAAAGUUCUUGCUGAGUAUCAACUGGUACACCCUGAAGAAGCCGGAAUGCCAGUCAGUGGUUUGUACACAAUCUGCAGAGAACGCUUUGUAGUUAGUAGCCAGAUCACACUGAAUUCCUAUUUGACAGAGUUCAAAGAUCAUGAGUUAGUGAAGACAAGAAGGCAUGCUGAUGGUCAUGACUGCUUCUACAUACCCCUUGCGUCUGAAGAGCUUGAGAUACUGUUACAAGAGAUUGGCUGAAUAUUGAUGUGCUCCACAUGGCUUCAAUGGCUAAUGUUGUGUCGUCAAUUUGUCAUGCAAAGUGUAUUCACUGGCAGAAGGCGUGGUUUAAGGGAAAGAAAGAUUACUAUAUGUCAAUAACUGUUGGGCUCCACUUCUUUGUAGGGGAUUUUGGGUUGGGAUGGUUAGGGGAGUCGUCUCCCACGUGUAGGGGUGGAAUAACAGGGCUAGGGCAGGAAGGGAUAAUCACUGUAGCAUUCAUUUCCAUUUUGUUUUGUUGGAUGAGAAUAUUCCAGAGAGGAAGAGUAGAGAGAGGGAGAAGCCGAGGAAAGGGGGAGGAAUAGAUCAUCAAAAGGACCUUAAACACUGUUUCUCUAUUUGUGACUUUUGUUUCUUUAGUUUCAUUGAACAAUAGCCACACAUUCAUCUGAA